AUGUAUUGGAACAAGUAUGGAUGUAACACCAAGUAUUGGAUGGAUGCCUUUUCAACUCACUUGAAAAGCGUUCAACAAUGUUAUGUAAUUCCACAAAAAGGAAUGACAUGGGACAAUAGAAGAAAUAAUUUAACAGUUGUGACUUAUAAUGUACUUGCUCAAAGUUACAUCUCAGACAAACUUUAUUAUUAUUGUAAUAAGCAGGAUUUGAAUGAAAAGGUUCGUGCUCAACGAAUACUCAAACAACUACAGGAAAUUGAAGGUGAUAUUUUAAUGUUCCAAGAAAUUGAAGAAAAUGUAUUAAGAGUGGUCAAGAAUGCAGUCACAAAUGCAUUUACAAUUUUUGAAAAGAAGCAAGACCGAGAAGAAGGAGUGGCUCUUGUGAUUGAUCAGCUUUAUUGGGGUGUUCCUUUAUCUGGAUUUUAUGCACUGAAUCUUGGUCAUCCUCAGAAAUUACUCUAUGACUUAUUUGUUCACAAAAAGACGAAUCGCAAAAUACUUGUUGCCACCACUCAUCUCAUUGGAAAUCCAAACCUUUUCGACGUUCAAGUGAAUCAAGCGAAUGCAGCAGUUCAUUUACUCGAAUAUAUUCGAGAGCAAGAAGAUGCAAAAAGUUCUUGUAACAAGUGUGCUGCAAUCAUUGUUGGAGGAGAUUUCAAUGCUGAUGUCAAUUCUAAAAGUUAUUCCAUCUUUGAGGAAAAUGGUUACAAGAGCUCCAUAAAGGAAAUUCAUGGAGAAGAGCUUGACAUUACUUUUAACACUAAUACUAUUCAUAGAUGUAUUGAUUAUUUGUUCAUGAAAUCAUUCAAUAUCACUAAUAAUCAAGAACCACCACAUGUUGAUUUCAAUAAGAACAUUCAUCAACCUCAAGUUGUCAUUACUGAAAAAGAGUUUCUUCCCAAUCAAAUUCACGGUUCGGACCACAUUCCGGUCUAUGCUUGUUAUUCCAUCAAAUAA